ACAAUGCGUACGUUCAUCAUUCAGCGUACCUCGUCGGCUGAUGUGUAUCCAUCGAGCUGGCCGCUGGGUGUGGCCGGCUGGCCGCCGCCUCGCCUCGUGCUGUGCUGUGCUUAUAAAUGCCUGCCCGUGAGGCCGUGACCAUCCCCGUCCAGGGCCAGCCAUUCCAAUUUCCCACAUCCUCUUUCCAUUUCCGCUUGUGUGCUGCUGCAGAGCCGUCUAGAUUCAGGCAGCAGAAGGAUCGAGAGCAGGUUGCUGCUGUGCCAAUCAAUGGCCACGGCGGCGCUGGCGCUGGCGCUCCUCGUCCUCGCGCUGCCGGCGUCCCUCGCCGUGACGUCUACGUACGUGCGGCCGCCGCCGAGGGCCACGCUGUCGUCGCUGCUCGAGGACGACGCCGGCGCCGACGGGCAGACGCCGCAGCAGGUGCACAUAUCACUGGUAGGGCCAGACAAGGUACGGGUGUCAUGGAUCACCGCGGCCGACGCGCCGGCGACUGUCGACUACGGCACGGACCCAGGCCAGUACCCAUUCUCCGCGACCGGGAACACGACAGCCUACUCCUACGUGCUCUACCAGUCUGGCAGCAUCCACGACGCCGUCAUCGGGCCGCUGCAGCCCAGCACAAACUACUACUACCGCUGCAGCGGCAGCUCCUCGCGGGAGCUCUCCUUCCGGACGCCGCCGGCCGCGCUGCCCUUCCGCUUCGUUGUCGUCGGGGACCUAGGCCAGACGGGGUGGACGGAGUCCACGCUCAAGCACGUCGCCGCGGCCGACUACGACGCGCUGCUCCUCCCGGGCGACCUGUCGUACGCCGACCUCGUGCAGCCCCGGUGGGACUCGUACGGCCGCCUCGUCGAGCCGCUGGCGAGCGCGCGGCCCUGGAUGGUGACGCAGGGCAACCACGAGGUCGAGCGCCUGCCGUUGCUGGAGCCGCGACCCUUCAAGGCGUACAACGCGCGGUGGCGCAUGCCCUACGACUAUGCCGCCGCCGACAGCGUCGCCGCCGCGCCGCCGUCGGACGACAACCUCUUCUACUCCUUCGACGUGGCCGGCGGCGCCGUGCACGUCCUCAUGCUGGGCUCCUACGCCGACUACGCCGCAGGGAGCGCGCAGCUCCGCUGGCUCCGCGCCGACCUCGCGGCGCUCCGCCGCCGCGGCACCCCGCCGGCCUUCGUGCUGGCGCUCGUGCACGUGCCGUGGUACAGCAGCAACGAGGCGCACCAGGGGGAAGGCGACGCCAUGCGGGACGCCAUGGAGGCGCUUCUGUACCACGGCGCGCGUGUCGACGCGGUGUUCGCGGGCCACGUCCACGCGUACGAGCGGUUCCACCGCGUCUACGCCGGCAAGGAGGACCCCUGCGGCCCCGUCUACGUCACCAUAGGCGACGGCGGCAACCGGGAGGGGCUGGCCAACAAGUUCAUCGACCCCCAGCCGUCGAUCUCGGCGUUCCGUGAGGCCAGCUUCGGCCACGGCCGACUCGAGGUGGUCAACGCCACGCACGCGCUCUGGACGUGGCACCGCAACGACGACAACCAACCAGUGGUUGCUGACCAAGUGUGGAUCAACAGCCUCGCGGCCAACCCAACUUGCAACCGAAGCAUCAAGAUGAUGUAGUAAUGUGUCUGUUUACUAGUUUGGGGUUAAUUUAUUAUUGAAAGCAUAUCAUAUGAGACUCUAUUGUAUAUGAUUUACACAGUAGCGGAUCCAGGAUUGAUCCAAUUA